GUCCUUGUUCUCUACCCUUUCGCUCCGACCACUUUCAUACGACACUGUCCAUGGCAUGCCCCUUGCCCACAUAACUCAAAAAUCCCUCCUCGCUUCCUCCUACUCCUCCAAACUCGACAUGUCAGCACGACGCAAAGCAGCGCCAGCGAACGGUCAACCCGCCCCACUGACCUCGACCAUGCCGUCCGGUACGAUCCGAACCACACCCGCAGCGCGGUCACCGUUCUUCCCGACUCGCCUCGAACUGCAGCUCCUCGCCAUCUAUCCUGCCACACUCUUGCUCGGCUCCAUUCUCAGCACGCUGACGCCCGCUUUCCGCAAUGCGCCCUACUCGCCUGAUCUCCAGUCGCACGACCCAGCGUUUGCGCCUACAUAUUUUGCAAAGAAGAAGAACAUUUUUAACGUCUGGUUCGUCAAGAAGGGCUGGGGCUGGACGACUGUUGCAUUCGUCGCAUUUCUCUUAAUGUGGCCUGGUUUCGGCAAGGGUUUGUCUGUCAAGAGGAUGCGAGCCAUGCUACGUUACAGCGUCAUUACGCUGUGGUGGUGCUUCGUCACGCAAUGGUUUUUCGGGCCGCCCUUGAUCGACCGCGGAUUCCUCUUCACCGGCGGCCAGUGUGAAAUGCUGAACGACCCAUCUGCGAUGGAAGACAUGAGCGACGCAAGGGUAUAUCUCACGGCGGCAGCAUGCAAGAGGGCAGGUCGCAAGUGGGCUGGUGGACACGAUAUCUCCGGACACGUCUUCCUGCUCAUCAUCGGCUCAGCGCUCCUGUGGUUCGAGACCCUACCCGCUCUUACGAAGUUCGAGGGGCUUCGCGAUGGUCGCAGAAUUGUGCUUGAUGAUGGCAAGGUUGCGACUGUAGCUGUGGAAAAGAGUCCAGCAUCUGAGCAGGACGAACUCACGAGGAAAGGAGUCCCAUUGCCGCUUGGUGUGGCCGGCUUCAUGUGGUGGAUGCUCUUGAUGACGGCGGCCUUCUUCCAUACGUGGUUUGAAAAGUUCACUGGACUUGUCGUUGCCUUCCUAGGAUUAUGGGUAGUGUAUUUCUUGCCGCGAGGGAUCCCAGCGAUCAGGGCCGUUUUGGGGAUGCCUGGUGUGUAAGAGGCUCUGAUUACUGAAUCGAUGGUUUUCAUGAAUGUACGAUACGAUAGUAAUCCUGAAUGUCAUUACAUCCUCCAUCUGCU